AUGAAGGAACAGCAAGCAGAGAAACACAUAGAACAAAGGCUGCAGGUUCUGGGAUCCUGGGGGUCUGGGAAGUGGGGUCUGGAGGAUAGGAGUGAGGUCCCAAACUGCUCUGCUCCUCCUACAGAGAUCCGAGAGGCCUUCAAAGUCUUUGACCGUGAUGGCAACGGCUUCAUCUCCAAGCAGGAGCUGGGCACAGCCAUGCGUUCCCUGGGCUACAUGCCCAACGAGGUGGAGCUGGAGGUUAUCAUCCAGCGGCUGGACAUGGAUGGUGAUGGCCAAGUGGACUUUGAGGAGUUUGUGACCCUCCUGGGACCCAAGCUCUCCACCUCGGGGAUCCCAGAGAAGUUCCAUGGCACUGACUUUGACACCGUCUUCUGGAAGUGCGACAUGCAGAAGCUGACCGUGGACGAGCUGAAGCGGCUGCUCUACGACACCUUCUGUGAGCACCUGUCCAUGAAGGACAUCGAGAACAUCAUCAUGACGGAGGAGGAGAGCCACCUGGGCACGGCGGAGGAGUGCCCCGUGGACGUGGAGACCUGCUCCAACCAGCAGAUCCGCCAGACGUGCGUGCGCAAGAGCCUGAUCUGCGCCUUCGCCAUCGCCUUCAUCAUCAGCGUUAUGCUCAUCGCGGCCAACCAGGUGCUGCGCAGCGGCAUGAAAUAGGCGCCACC